CUCAGCGGGCGGGCGUCACCGUGCGCCCCAAGGCGGCCUCUCGCUGCGUGCUGUCGGUGCUCGUGCCAUGGCCCCGCCGCGGGCCAACCGCCGGGCUCAGCGGCUGGGCCCUCGCUCGGCUUCGCUGUAGAUCCACGCUCACGCGAGCGGGCGCCGCACGUUCUUCCCUUCCAACACCACCACCACACACACACAACCCACCACCCAACCUCAACUCAUCCACCAUGUCCACCGACUCCAAGGUCCAGGCCCACAUCACCGGCGCUGAGGGCAAGCUGCCCGCCGACGACGUCGGCAAGCACCACCACGACGAGCGCCCGGCCCACGAGCAGGGCAAGGAGAACUCGCACGCCGCCCUCGACGCCAAGGACGAGAAGAGCAUUGCCAACAAGCUCGACGCCGCCGCCAAGGCCGACAAGGCCGAGAAGCAGGCCGAGAACGAGCCGGGCCCGCGCCCCACCGACGCCGCUGCCGCCAACGGCAACGAGCCGAGCAAGGGCGCCAAGAUCGACGAGCAGAUCGAGCUCGAGGAGGAGGCCGAGAUUGCGCGCAAGGACGCCGCAAAGGCGCAGGCCAAGGCCAACAAGUAAACGCCUGCUUGCUGCUGCUGCCGCCUCGCCUACGU